AUGAAUUAUAACCACCACUAAAUUGUAGAGAGAUGGUUGAGGCGAUUCCGUGGGUGUUUGAAUUUCUGUUAUGGGAGCGAUUCUCAGUUGAUAACGAUGGAAUUGCAUAAAGGAGGUGUUCAAUUGCUGAGUGUGCCUUAAAACAAAAACAUAUUCAACACACGGAAAUACAGAUUAUAUAACUUUUUACCUAAAACAUUAUACACUGCAUUGGAAAGAUUCGGAAACAUCUAUCUUUUAGGUAUUUCCCUAAUAAUGUUGAUUGAUCCAACAUUAUCUCCGUUUUAUAGAUGGAUCACCAUCUUCCCUGUCGGAUUGAGUGUGAUAUUUUAUGUCUUCAUGGAAUUCAUAUUGGACAUACGUAGACAGAGUCAUGAUCAUAAAAUAAAUAUGUAGACAACAUCCAGAGGAGCAAAAGACGGUUCACUAGAAACCAUAAAAUGGAGUGAUAUUCAAAUUGGUGAUGUUCUCUACCUGAUCAAGGGCGACAUAGUGCCUGCAGAUAUCAUCUUAUUAGACACGGGAUAGGUGAGAGAUAGAGAGGCAAUCUGCAUGGUAGACACUCAAUACUACGAUGGCAAAUCUACUUUGACCAAGAAGAAGUCCUCAUAUUUGACUCAACUGAUAGUCUUAAGAACAAGAUUGAAGAAUCAAUUUCCAGAAUACAGAAAAAUGUUAACUGGAAAACUGGAAUACGAAGCACCCAAUGGGAACACCGAGAGAUUCCAUGGAAGAUUAAAAUUAAAGAAGGAUCCCAAAAAUGAAGAAUUAACCAUAGACAAUUUCAUCCCCAAAGGCACAAAGAUUAAAUAGACCUCCUGGCUAUUCGGUUUAGUUGUCUACGUUGGUGAAAAUACCAAAACUAUGCAGAGUAGUCAUUAUAAUGCACAGAAGCAUAGUUUCGAAGAAAAGCAAUGUAACUUCUAUUCCUUCCUCAUGGCUUGCUUGUCCCUCUUCUUCACAUUGAUUUCAAUCAUUGUACUGUUGGCGAGAUCAGAUGAAGGUAAUUUUGCCUUAUUGAUCGAUAACAACACUACCAAUGGAAUGAAGGUUUUCCAAUUGGCAAUCCUGUAUGCCUAACUAAUUCCAUCCACUCUUUAUCUACUAUUAGACUUCGUAAACUUCAUUUCGUUAUUUAAAUAUGAGAUCAAUUAAAUCGAAGAUAAUAUUACCAAGUAUGUUAAAAUCAACACGUCUAACAACUUGAGUGAUUUGGGACAUGUUGAUUACAUGCUAAUUGAUAAGACAGGCACUCUGACUACAUCUUAUUACAAAUUGGAUAAUCUUUUUGUUUGGUUCCCUAUCAUUUACUUUGAAUUAUGA